GGGAAUGUGGGAGUGUUCGAGAGUGAACAUUCAAAAUGUUAAAUCUUGCUCACCAGAAAAAAGGUGUCUUUAUUCAUCAGUUUCAUCUGUUGCAUUUUUAAUAAGAAUUCUGUAGUUAAUUGUUUCCUCUUUGUGUUGAUGUUCGUGUAUAAGGGAGUCGAUGUAUAUGUGAUGUGAGUAAAAGGUUAUUUGGUAACUUUAAAAGCCCGAGGCGAAAGCUUAUUUUGAAUGCUGAAAAAUCUUCACGAUUAUAUGACUUUGCCACAUCAAGAAAAAAGAAUUAAUCCCCGAGAAGGACAAUGAUCGGCGAAUGGCUUGGUUAUAGCUCGCUUUAAUUAUCCUACAUUGUUGAUCGACCAAACGAAAUGGUAUCUUGUAAAACAAAGUCAACUAAAGAAAACACACCAAUGCAUAAGCAGAAAAAAUCAAAAUCCAUGUCAUCGGUUGUUUAUCGCACGGAUUCAAACGGCUCAACAUGUUUAAACCUCGAAGCUGAGGAAAGUAAUAAUCGACAAGGUUUGACAAACACGAGCGAUUCCGAGCCUGAAAAUGGAAAAGCAAAACAUGCCAAGUCCAAGAGUGUUGAUUUAUCGAAUGGAAAUGCUCAUUUGAAGUUAAGGCGUGUCAAUGCAGAGGAAACAGCAAUAAAAAGAUCAGCAAGCAAUGUUGAAAGUAGCAGCAAAUUUCGAUUGCGAGACCUCAGCCCAUCCAGACUUCGGAAAAAUCGACAAAGAAAAAGCUCUGACAAAGGCUCUAAGCUUUCAUAUUCACCUCGGAAAAAUGUGCGAUCAUCUACAUCAUGGCUCCCUGCAUCAUUUCAGCAAAUGCUCCCGUCAUAUAAAUCUAAAGUAGCGGACUUUAGACGAUUGUUCAAGAACAUUCCAGAAAGUGAGAAGCUUGUGACUGAUUAUUCCUGUGCUCUGCAAAGAGACAUUCUUGUUCAUGGCAGACUUUAUGUGUCACAAAACUGGCUUUGUUUUCAUGCGAAUAUAUUUGGCUGGGAGACUUUAGUUACCAUCGAUUUACAAAACGUCACGUCACUUACUAAAGAAAAAACAGCUUUGGUGAUUCCGAAUGCAAUUCAAGUCUGGACUGAGGCAGAAAAGUAUUUUUUCACAUCGUUUGUUUCACGAGAUUCGACUUAUCGUAACGUACAUCGAAUAUGGAAGAACGUGUUGUCUAAACAACCUGAUCACGUGACAUUAUUGAUAAAAGAAGUCGGAAAGUACGUUGAUGUGGAUUCUGAGGAUAUUGAUAACAGUAGUUUUGGAAGUAACGAUGAGAUACCUUUCGAUGUUAAUGACGACGACAUCAUUGUUGAUGAUGACGAUGAUGAUGACGAUAUCAUUUCAAUCAUUGAUCCCGACGAACUAAAUUCACCAGAUAAAUCAAAUCUGAAGAAUGACGUAGACGAGAAGUUGUUAGAUGAUAAAGAAUCUCCACCUCAUGAUUCUUCCAUACCUGAUAUUGCUGUAUCGCCAGCUUCACCAAAGGAAACCAAAGUUCAAACUGCCGACAAUGGCGACCAAACUAGUGCUAAGGUGUCCAACGGCCGCCAAAGUACGCCGUCUGAAACAAGACGAAGGUUUCCAUUUCCCUUUAAGAAAGAGUUUAGUCCACUUAUGAAAAGAAGAAAUCGCAAGUUAAACAAGAAAGAAAGCAGUAACGACUUAGAUAAUGAUAGUUUGAAUCGAGACAGUCUUAUUGAAGAUGGAAGUGUUAGCGACUCCAAUGAUGACGAUCCAGUAGUUCCUACUCUCUGUCCAUGUGAAAGUCACCUUGAUAUUGAGUGCCUUAAUGAGGAAUUUGCUGUUGAUUUGGACACAUUGUAUGAGUAUCUUUUUACCGACUGUGAUUUCUUUCGUAAUUUUCGCGCGGCGAGAGAUCAUUAUGAACUUACCAUUGAACCAUGGAAUGACGACGAUGACACGAAGAAGCGGAUCUUAAAAUAUAAACUUGAUCUCAACUUGGCUAUUGGUCCAAAGACUUCUAAGAUUCAAGAAAAUCAAGAACUGAAAGCAAGUGAACCUGGGCAGUUCUAUGUCGUUGAAACUAAUGUUGUAAACGAAGGUGUACCAUACGCAGAUAAUUUCGUUGUGAUUCAUAGAUAUUGUUUGUCGAGAGUCAACAAUUACGUGUCUAGACUUAGAGUUACGGCCACCGUGAAAUUUGUAAAACAUGUUUGGAGUUUUAUUAGAACUAUGAUAGUAAAAAAUACCAAGGAAGCUUUGAACUCGUUUUUCGAGUAUCUGAAAGAGUAUGUCAAAGGUUUCGAAGAUAAAACGUUACUUAACCCAAGACGAAGAGUAAACUCAUCUAGUAAUCGGUUGCCUUCAAAAGAAGUAGAAACAAAAAAUAGCAGCGAAGCUGAGGAAGAAAUAGACAAGGAUGUUUCCGUAUCUAGUAUGGGAUUUACUUCACCCUUUAUGAAUAAUAUCUGGAGUGUUUUUAGAAAUAACAGUUGGCUUCUUGGAGCAUUUGUUUCAUUGCUAGUUAUUUUGAUCCUUUCAAACAUGUACCUUAACUACAAAGUAAUGUCUCUUGAGCGUUCGUCAAAAUCAUGGUCUGUUGGAUUUUUACCAUCAUUAGAGGAUUCGCCUGCAAACGCAGAGGAAUUUCGAACGUUAUUACAGCAGCAAAAGUAUAUUCAAAAUAUCCAGUUGAGAAGGUGGAUUAUCGUUUGUGUGUUUGAAGAAGUUUGGUUAGGUAGGCUUGGUAUUGUGCCAUUGAUAUAUCAUCUUCAUGUCUGUUUCUUAAGGUGGCAACAUGUACUCUCGACGUCGAUAAAGUUUCUGGAGCAGGUUCAAGAUUCUUUGAGGAAAUUGCAAGAUGAAAUAGAAAAACCAGUAAAUCUAUAAUAUUGCAAUCGGGCCUUGUUCGCGGAAUGGUGCGUUCGUCUGUUAUUGAUGUACUGAAGGUGAAAUUAUCGAGUUUUUGUUGAAUCCAACGUACCAUUCAGGUUCUAAUCUGGAAAAAGUUGUGUUUAAGUGGUUAAAGGUUCUUCCUUUGCUCACCAUUAGUUGUCCUUCAAUGAAAGAAAUCUUACGGUUUGAAAAAAAAUAUAGCUACUCCGCUAUAAUUCAGUCAAUUAUCACGCUUGACCUUAUUAAUUUAUACCACAUUCAUACUUGCGAAAUAUGUUUUUCGUGUACAGCUGACAACAGCAUAAAUAUUGUGGUCGUUUCUCCCAAUUCAGCAUUGUGUUUGCAUUUAAGUAAAUGCCAUCAAACUAUCGGAAUUUGGCCUUAAAUUGAAUUAUCCUGGAGGAUUUCGGGAAGGGCAUUUAUAGUUGCUAAGACGUAAUCUGUAAAUUCAUGCGAUGAAUUGUCCGUGUAAAUAUAUUUAUGAGUUUUAUCAUAUAUUCAUAUUGCUAUAUUGUAAUUGAUAUUUUUUGACCACUGUAUGCGUAAUACAUAGAUAGUGACAGGGAUGGAUUUAGAGGAAGAGCUGGAAAAGGCGCGCACCCCUUCUUUCCUUGCUUAUUGGGAGUGCCGGAGAGGGAACAAUUUCACUACAAAAUAAUGUACUGAUUAAUUCAGUAAAAUGAAUUGUAAAAACACUCAAAUAUAUCGCUCACAAUAGACUGUUGACGGUGAUAUAUUGCAUUGAUAUAAAUAGUUGCGGAGCCAGCCAUGCAAUGCAAAUGUUUUUGUGGUUAAUCACUGGAAAGACAAUAAAUGGAAUUAAUUUUCUAAAGAAA